CAUAUUGUGCCUAGGCCGGCCUAGUGCCGGUACAGAAAGGGAGGGGGGGCACAUGUGCACACUAUGCUGUGAGUGCUGCCUCUCUCCUCUCUCUCCCACUCCACAUCCACGCACGCCAGAGUAGACAAGCGCCUCCCUCGGCUGACUCCAACUCCCUUUCCAUCCUCUCCCCUUCCUCACAGACACAACGACACAACACUGAGAGCUGUUCCGGGAUUAAUUACCCCACUUCACUUAUCCCCCCUGCUGAUGUUUAUUGAACACCUGUGGGGCAAUUUCGGAGGCUUCCUAAGUCGCCAGUCCAUUUGCGAUGUCACAGGUGAAUUAAGAUAUGGUGAGGAAGACCCAUCACAAACAGAUUAUAACGGCAAUGUAGACAUCCUGAGAAGCAGACGGGCUGAUGUUUAAAAUGAAUGACACACAAGCAGAAAUGGAGCUUUUGAGCAACAGCAUGGCAACAUAUGCCCACCUCAAAGAAAACGUGGAGAGUUUUGCCCUGUUCUUCAUGUUAGGCGUGUGUUCCGGCUUGCUCGUGGCCUUGUGCUUGCUGGUGUUAGGUCUCGCGUGCCGGCCGCGCGCUAAACAAGCUCCUCGCUCACCUGACAAGCGGCAGCUGCGAGAGUCGAGCGAGGAAGAUGAGGACGAUGAGGAAGACGGCGAUGAGCCAAGCCAGGUGAAAGAUGACGAAGAAGCGGAGAUUCCUCGAGUGACGGUGGCGCCCAUGAGCGAUCUCAGCCAGUCCAACGGAACCUUGCGAAGUGUUAACGUCUUCACUUCAGCUGAGGAGCUGGAGAAAGCGCGAAGAUUGGAGGAGCGGGAGCGCAUCGUCAGGGAGAUCUGGAGAAACGGACAGCCAGACAUACUGGCGACGGGCACAGGCACUCUUGGACGGGUACACUACCACUGACCACCUCAGAUUGAGCAUUGACUUGCUGGUCAGUCAAGUAGCAACUCAUUGACCUACCGCAGCCUAUGCAGUUUUUAGGCUAUAAUUUACGUAACACACACAUCUUCUGGAAAAAAAAAGUGAUAGGCUAAAAUUAUUUUUUGUCCGUGGAAGCUUGUUUAUGCUUGGAUAGCCUAUCUGGGUGUGAUUGUUUUCCUAUCACUAAGCUUCUCCCUUGGGGCCUUAGAGUUCCUUAAGCGUAAAUUCAAUCUACUAGGCUACUGUCCUCAGAGUAGGCUAUCAUGAAUUACAGGAUAACUUGGCCUUCUAAAACCACUGUGAAUAGAUGGCAUGGCAGCAAUGUUUAGUAAUUCGUGCUCCCUGCUAUGUAGUAGCCUAGGCCCAAAUAUUGUUUAUGAAUUGGCUUACCCAUUUGGCUUUGAUUUGGCUUCUACAGUUAAGUCUCCUUAGGUGUGGCUGUGAGAGUUACCAAAUGCUAGACACUUUUACACUUAAUGACAAAUUUAGUGUCACAACUACCAGAACAUUGGUCUGACAAUUGUAAGAAUCCCUUGUAGCCUACUCGUAUGUUUAACUCUAUUCUUCAACUUCAAUCUGUGCCAAUGAAAUUCACAUCCAAGUUAAGGUACAGUUUAUUACCCACUUGAACACAAGCUACUUUGUAGUUUAACUGGGGGAAACUGUGUAACCUCGUCACUCUUUAGCUCCUUCCUGUCUCUCCCUAUCCAAGAAUAACACCCUGCCGUCUUCAGGUCUGUACCAGGGACAUGCUCUGCAGUCCCGAACACUGAAAAGCAUUGUGCCAACCAGGAAGUGCCUCUAUCAAAAGAACUGGACUGUUAUGAAAUGAAUAUGCUUUUUUAUAUGCAUUUUUACAUGCACAAUUCAAAUGUUUCUGUAUUGACAAUUUAGUGUACGGUAUUUUUUUGCCAUUGCAUGUAGCCUGUUGCCAUUGUUGUAUGAUGUAAUGGUUGAAGUUUACCUAUCAAAGGUCCAAGACACAACCCAUUGCAUAGCUGCUUUUAACCUUAUCAGGAGAUAUAGAGCACAGUUUAGUCCGGUUCAGUGCCCUGGCUCAUGCACAGGGCAAAAGGGCCAAUGGAUGACAGAUGUGCCGCAUAUAGAAAGAAUGCCAUUCCAAAAAACCUUAGGCCAAGACCAGAACACAGCACAGCUCACUCUGGUCGUUCACAAGACACAAGAUAAAUAACAAAACCUGAAGUUUACAUAAACUGAUUUAUUGGAAAAAAAAAAAAAAUCACUGGAGGGACGUUUCUACAAGCACCGGGGGAAAAGAGGGUCAUUCACAUAGCUAUAGAUCAAUAGAUAUGCAAAGGGAAAAGAAAUAAGUGUCACAGUUCUACAGAAAGUAGAGUACAAUAGCUAACACAAAAGCACGACCAGCGGAGACGGCCCUACACACAGUACAAUCUGUUUUGCACACGAGGAGGCGCAGGACUGUGCAUCCAGUUUCCCUUCACAUCAACACAUCUCUUGAGUCGGGGUUGGGUGGGAGUUAUGGGGGCAAGAAAAAGCUCAAGCUCUUAUUUGACAUUUCUUUGAACUAUAACAGACAAAACUGCAUAGGCCCACUGUUCACUUUCAACACUAUUCAUACAAAGGCCACAAUAACUCUGUAAUACAAGCAUCUAUAUCAAUGUUUGACGUCGUUUAUGUAAAUAAACUAUAUACACUUGGAGGGUA